AUGAACGAGGAUCAGCUGUUCCGCUCCGUGGAGGGCCAGGCUGCCUCUGAUGAAGAGGAGGAGAAGUGGGCAGGAGACCAGCCAUCCCAGGUGGACCAAAUGAAGAAAAUACUGGCCAAGCUCCCUUGCUGUGGCAGCGGAUGUGAUGAAAAAAUGUGGAAAAAGCUAAUGUCUUACUUGGAGACCACCAAUGCUGAUGGCUACGAAACAGCCCCUGCGGAGCUCGCAGAGAGAACCACACAGCUAACUGCACAGCUUGAGCUUAAAGGGCAUGAAGUGAAAAAACUGGAAACAAAUAUGGAAGAGAUGAAAAGCCCAUUGCUAGGUGAACUGCAGCAAAAGGUGGAGGAGACCGAAUUGUUGAAGAUGGAGCUGCAGAUGCUGGAGACUGAGAGAGUUAGGCUGUCACUGGUGGAAGAAAAGCUCAUGGAUGUUUUACAGCUUCUUCAACAACUUCGAGACUUGAACAUAUCUAAGCGAGCCUUGGGGAAAAUCUUGCUGAGCACUUUGGAAUCCUGCCGUGACCCCCAACCUGGAAAAGCCCACCUAUUUGAAGUCCUAGAUACUCUUUACCACGAGCUGACAGCCUGUGAACUCUUACAAAGCCAGCCUCUGGAGAAGGCGCAGAGUUGCCAGUCCUUGUCUAACCCACUGGUCAUCUCGUGCUGA